GCAACGCAAAAAAAUUCCGACUAAAAUCUAAAAAGAGGAUCGUCGUAGAAAUCAAAUCGAAUUAAGAGAGUUCCGGAGAAAAAUUCAAUGGCUUCGUCGAAGGAAAUGAAGAAGGAGAGAGCAGAGGUGGCGGCGAGGGUUGCUGCUUCCGAUCUGAGAGACAUUAACAGAGAGGAAGAGCGGCAGGCAGCGGCGGCGCCGCAAAAGACAGAGAAGAAUGCCACGGUGGAGGUUUUCGAGGCGGACCGAGAACAGCAACAGAGGCCUGGCGUGAUUGGGUCAGUACUGAGGGCGGUGCAUGACACAUAUGAACAUGCUAAGGAAGCGGUGGUCGGAAAAAGCCAUGAAGCGGAGGAGCGAAACCGAGAAACGAAGGAUUGGUCGGCGGAGAAGGCAAAAGAGACCACCGAGGAGGCAGGGAGGAAAAUGGACGAGUACGGAAGUGCUGUUGGGAGUAAGGCAAGGGAGACGAAGGAAGCUGCCGAAGAGAGAGCGGCGGCGGCAAGAGGGAAGAUGAGUGAGUAUGAAGAGAAAACAAUGGAUAAAACCAGCGAAUAUAAGGAUGCAGCGGCGAGAAAAGCAGAGGAAUACAAAGAUUACACGGCGGAGAAAACAGCGGAGGCUAAAGGAAAGGCCAGCGAGUACAAGGACACUGCAGCGGAGAAGGCGAGGGAAGCGAAGGAUGCAGCGGCGAGGAAAGCAGAGGAAUACAAAGAUUACACGGCGGAGAAAACAGCGGAGGCUAAAGGAAAGGCCAGCGAAUACAAGGAUUCUGCAGCGGAGAAGGCGAGGGAAGCGAAGGAUGCAGCGGCGAGAAAAGCGGUGGAAUAUAAGGACUACACUGCAGAGAAGGCGGCGGAGGCUACAGGCGCCGCUAAAGGAAAGGCCAGUGAGUAUACGAAUGCUGCAGCGGAGAAGGCGAGGGAAACUAAGGAUGCUGCAGCGGAGAAGGCGAGGGAAGCUAAGGAUGCUGCAGCGAGAAAAGCAGGGGAAUACAGAGAUUACACAGCUGAGAAGGCGAGGGGAGCAACGGAAACGGUAAAGGAGAAGGCUGGUGAGUACAAGGAUUAUGCAGCGGAGAAGGCAAAUCAAGCAAAGGAGAAGGCGGCGGAGUAUAAGGAUUAUACAGUGGAUAAGGCGAAGGAGACGACGGAUGCGGCGGCAAGAAAAACAGGAGAGUAUAAAGACUAUGCAGCGGAGAAAGCGAGGGAGACGACAGAUUACACGGCGGAUAAGGCGAAAGAAGGGAAGGACACGACGGUGAGCAAACUUGGGGAACUGAAAGAUUCAGCAGCGGAUGCUGCAAAGAGAGCAAUGGAAUACUUUACUGGAAAGAAAGAGGAAGUCAAGGAGAAAGCAUACGAAACAAAAGAUGUCGCUAAGGAAUGGCAGGAAAAGAUGGGGGAAUCAGAGGACGAUACAAGAAGGAAAAUGGAGGAUUUAAGGCUGCAGGGAGAAGGAAGGAGGGGCAGCACUGAAGCAGCAAAAGUCACACUUGAACAUAACAGAGGCCGUGGCGGGGAGGGAGAGGUGGUGGUAGGUUUGGAGGAGACACGACCGGGUGCGCUGGCCUCGACUUUGAAGCAGGCAGACGACAUGGCGGGACAGUCGUUUAACGAUGUGGGUCGAAUGGAUGAGGAGGGAGUUGUGCGCUCAAAGGAUCGUCAAGGCAAGAUGUGAAUCUGAUGCGAAAAUUCUCUAAGGGGGGCAUUCUGUUUGUUGAUCAUAUGAUCUGCCUUUUUUUUUUUUUUUUUUUUUUUAAUAAUGAUUUUCAUAUUUUAGAAGGUCACGGUUGUUGCUUUGCUUAUUUUGGACCUCCUUUGGUUCUCCUUUGUCUAAGAACUCUGUAACAAAAGAAAAAUGUUGAUGUUAAUGACUAUGAUGUUAGUGUAUAGUAUAUCCAAUUACUAUAAUUUUCGCUGA